AAAAACUCCUGGUGAAGUGAAAGAUCCACCUGACAUACUAUUAUGAAGAUGGCGUUUAUUAAAGAAGAGAGUGAAGAAAUAAAGAUUGAAGAAACCUUCAGUGUGAAACAAGAAGAAACUGAGGAACAAACAGACCUGAUGGCACUGGAAGAAGAGAGUCAAGAACUGAAUGAAAAGGAAGAGAAAAUUCAGAAUGAGAAACAUCAUGAUUUCAUAACUGGAGAAAAAUCUUUUAGUUGCUCACAAACUAAAAAGACUUCACAAAAAGGAGCUCAAAAGACAGGAGCUAGAAGUAAUUUCACCUGCAAACAAUGUGGAAAGAGUUUCACUCAAAAUGAAAGCCUUAAAAGUCACAUGAGAGUUCACACAGGAGAGAAGCCUUUCUCCUGCCAACAGUGUGGGAAAAGUUUCACUCAAAAAGGAAACCUGAAAUUCCAUAUGAAAAUUCACUCUAGAGAGAGUCAAUACACCUGCCAACACUGUGGGAAAAGUUACACUCAAAAAGGAAGCCUUAAAGUCCACAUGAGAAUUCACACUGGAGAGUACCCUUUCACCUGCCAACAAUGUGGGAAAAGUUUCACUCAAAAAGGAAGCCUUAAAAGCCACAUGAGAAGUCACACUGGAGAGAGGCCUUUCACAUGCCCUCAAUGUGGAAAGGGUUUUAAACAUAAACCAACCCUUACUGCCCACAUGAGAAUUCACACUGGAGAAAAGCCUUUCACCUGCACUCAGUGUGGUAAGAGUUUUACACACAAACCAACCCUUAGUGCCCACAUGAGAAUUCACACUGGAGAGAAGCCGUUUGUAUGCAGUCAGUGUGGAAAAAGUUUCAGAUUUACAGUAAUUCUCAAUGAGCACAUGAGGAUUCACUCAAGAGAGAACUGUUUUAAAUGUCAUCGGUGUGGAAGGAGUUUCACAGACAGGAAACAUCUUAUUAAUCAUGUAAAAAUUCACAUCGGCGAGAAGCCUUUCAUGUGCGAUCUCUGUGGAAGGAGUUUCACACUUAAAGGAAACCUUAAGAUUCACAUGAGAGUUCACACUGGAGAGAAGCCUUACACCUGCCCUCACUGUGGAAAGAGUUUUACGAUUAAAGGAAACCUUGAGGUUCACAUGAGAGUUCACACUGGAGAGAAGCCUUACAAGUGUCAGCGGUGUGCAAAGAGUUUCACAUAUCAAAGAGACUUGAAAUAUAAUGCAGCGAACAUGGUGAAAGCUUUGACUGAAUAUGGGCACAUCCGUUGCGUGUCCCAUACGCUUCACUUGGUGGUGAUCAACGCACUGGAGAACAGGGUUGUGACAUCCCUUCUCUCCAAAGCCAGGAGCAUAUCUGGCCAUGUUCAUCGCUCAAGCAAAGCCAGCAACAGACUACAUGAGCUGCAAACACAGUUGAACCUCCCCAGCACACACUCAUAA